GUUGUGACAGCAGACGACGGGGCGGAGGUCGUGGCAGGUCGUGUGGCAGGUCGUGGCAGGUCGUGGCAGGUCGUGGCAGGUCGUCCUUUACCUCACACCCUCACAGCCUCCCCAAAGAGAAGAUACACCCACAGAAACCUCGAGGAAAAAGGGGAAGCUGAGGGGAGGAACAACGUCAAAGAUAACCAAAGGUCGAAGAAAUUGAUGCUUGAUGAAUGAUAAGACGUAGAUUAGCAAGAAGAGGAUCUUGAGUUAGAAGGAGUUAUCUUCGCAAGGUGGGGAGAGUAUGGAGGAAGGUGGACCAGCUGAAGGGAAGGAUGGAAGUCAGAAUGAAGACAAGGGCCCAGAGGGUGCAGAAGGGACAGUGGAGAGUGCACAGGCCAAAGCAUGCAGUGCUGAUGUGCAGAACAGCAUAGACUCAAAAGGACGGGAAGGGAAGGAAGGAUACCCCUUACACUGGCUUGUCUGGCACAAUGACUAUCGCAAUUUGGAAACUGAGCUUGCUUCAGGAAAGCAUGAUAAGGAAUUAAAAGACUUCAGAGGGCGCACACCUCUCAUGCUUGCGGUUACUCUUGGCCACCUUGAGGCAACAAGAACACUCUUGAAGUACAACUGUAAUGGGAAUGUCGAGAAUGCAGAUGGAUGGACAGUUGUGCAAGAAGCAACAGCCACUGGUGAUCCUGAAAUCCUGAAGGUGGUGUUGGAAGGUAGAGACGUGGAACGCUAUUCCUCCCGAGUUGCUGGGAUACCUACGCUCUUGGAAAAGCUCAAAGAGGCUCCUGACUUCUACGUGGAAAUGAAGUGGGAAUUCACAAGCUGGGUGCCUUUGGUUUCACGCAUGUGCCCAAGUGACACCUACAAAGUAUACAAGAGUGGGUCCAGUGUGCGUAUAGACACAACACUCCUAGGAUUUGAUCAGACUAGCUGGCAGAGGGGGAACCGCAGCUAUAUUUUCAAUGGCCAAGUUGAUGGAGCUACCAUGAUGGAGGUAGAUCAUGAGACAUGUCAGGUUUAUAUCGAGAAUAUGCGUACUCUUACAACAGAGCAGGCCUUAGCAACCAUGCGACCUCACCCAGCAAUGGUCUCCCAUAGGCUGACUACCCCUAUUGCUACCACAUAUAUUGACACUGAUAAGAUAAGUUUUGAAAGAGAUAAAGCUGGGAUAUGGGGAUGGAGGAGUGACAGGACAGAGAAUGUUAAUGGCCACGAUUGUAAGGUAUUUUCCGCGACAAAUGUAGAGCUUGUCACCAAGACCCGAACAGAGCACUUGACAGACGCAGAGAAGGAAAAAUCACUGCCUCGGAGUCCUCUGCAAUCAUUCCUCAACAUUGCAGAGGUUGAAGAGAAACAGAAUUCACCUUCAUCUUCGGAAGGGAGUGAAUCCUACAACUUUAACAACCCAACUAAUAUCACUGCAGAGGAAUAUUUCAAUCCAAAUGUUGACCUUCAAGGCAGGGAUAUCGGUCGUCCUAAAGAGGUUGUCAAGAAGGUACAAAACUUCAAGGCUCACUUGUGGCUAGCCGAGGAAUAUCCGCUGAAGCUCCAGGAACAGGUCAUGCCCAUUGUGGACCUCAUGGCCAUCACGUCAACUCACUUCGCUAAGCUAAAGCAUUUCAUCCAGAUGCAACUCCCCAGUGGCUUCCCUGUCAAGAUUGAAAUCCCACUCUUCCAUGUUCUGACAGCAAGAAUUACCUUUGGAAAUAUUUUUGGAGUCGACGAAAGUGUUGAUAAAGUAUCUACAGUAAAGGAAGAUGACAGGGUAACUUGUGUAAUAGAUGAGACAGUCUUUGAGCCACCACCAAGCUACACAAAAAUAGGUCACUCUGACCAGCAGCACCUGCAGAUGAGCAUGGACGAGGACGAUGCCUUGCUACAAUAUGCUAUUCAGCAAUCCUUGGUAGAGGCUGGCACCGAGCAAGACCAGGUAGACAUCUGGGAGGCACUUCAGGCCGAGCAUCGACCCGCUCCAAGAGUGCCAGGGUGUAACUCCAGGUCAGGGUCAUCCCCAAAUACUCCCGCACACUUGUCACUACAAGCAGUAGAGGAUGCACAGUUGCAGAGGGCCAUUGAGGAAUCUUUAGCUUUGAGUAUAGGUGUGACAAACAUCAGAAGUUCCCAGGAGGAGAUAAGUACCAGUGAGAAUGCAGAAGUAGCUGUCCCAGGGGGACUGGCCUUGACCCCUGGAGGUAGCAUCGUGGACUCAGAAAUGGCUAUGGCUCUGUCGCUAUCCCAACAGCAACAGGAGGAGGAGGAGGCUCGUAAAAGGCAAGAGGAGGAAACACUAAAGCGCAUCCUGGAGCUCUCCCUCACAGAAAAAUAAUGCUGGGCAUGUUGUAGACCACACAGACUUCUUUAGAAAUUGGUGAUGGGCUCUGUUGCAGAUAAGUGACAAGAGAGAAUUAGCAGUGAUUCUUUUCAGAAUGAAUUGGUUUAAGUAACUGUCAAAUAAAUUGCUGUCAAAUAGAUUUUUAAAAAAUCAUUACCAGUUCACUGAAAAGGAUCAAAGUAGAAAUGUUUGGUGACAGCAAUAGGGAAAAACAGAGACCCAAGAUGGAGAUUUUGAUAUUUGAUUAUAGAAAAGAAAGCAAUUUGUAAGUUGUUUUAGCCAUGGUGAAAGAUCCAUGAUGACUUAUAGUGCCUCUUCAUAGCAUCUUUGUAUAUCAGGAUUAUUUCUUUAAAAUGACCCUGAAAUCAUGUAGUGAAGUUUUUGCACAUGCAUUUAUGCUUUAUUUAAAGCACAAUAUAUUAGUAAAGAAUGUAGCUCACGUCUUCAUACUGCAUUUGAGCUGAUUGCUUGAAGUUAAUAGGUACUGGAUUUUUUCAAUUUGAUAGGCAUUUUAUAAUGUGAUACAACUUGGAUGCUUUAAGCAUAGCAGUUAAUAUGUCUAAAUUUUUUGUCUUGUACAUUAUUCUGAUUCUUUGAAGAUUGGAUUUCAUUUUCUUUUUAUUUUCUGUAAAUGUGCAGCUUGAGCCUUGUAUGUAUUGUCAGUGACAGUUCUGAUAUCUAAUAUGAUGAGGAAACUAUAUCCUGUUAGUAAUGUGGGACUACAGUCUUCUGAACUUUCUUAAUUGCCUGGUUGCUUGUUAUGCCAACUUGGUAGUGCAUUCAGUUUGAAUGUAAGCAUCUUGACCACUUUUCUACCUGUUUCAAUGAUCUUGGUAUGUGUUAGGUUAGUACAAAUAUCAAAAUAGAGUAAUGGUUCAGCAGAGAAAAUCAGAUAUGAGGUAACUGCAAGUCUGGAAGAGCUUUGAAGAAUGUAUAGCACACUUAUGACAGCUCAUGUGUUCUGCAGAUUCUUGUAUGGUGUACAUAAAUGUUAUUGGAAGAUCAGCAACUCUUAGACUGCUUUCCAUCAUCAUCAGUGCCCAGUACACCACUGUCUUGCUGUGGCCAUAUCACAAAUGUUUAUAGAUUUAAAGUCUUCUCUGCAAUAGGCCGAUUGGAUUAUUGGCUUAAUCAAGGGUCAUGUUGCUUAAUCUUGAAAAACACAUUGAGCAGGAUUUUUUGGUUGACUUUACCACGAGUCAAGUCCAGGGAAAUUUAACUUGUUUCUCCACUAAGCAUAUCAAGAGUUUACAAGUAAAAAUUCAGGGAUUGCUGUUAAUAUUGAAAGAUUACAAGCAUUAUUGUCUUAAGAUGCAAGAGAAAUAUCACUGAUACAGGGUAAAUUUGUAAUUUUGCACAAGUUAGUAAUUGGAAAGAAUUGUCAGUUUUAUAACAUUAUAGUUCAUAACAUCAGGGUAAUACUAUCGUGAUGUUUAUGCUUUAGUAGAGGGAAAACCAGUGGAUUUUGUCAUGAGAGACAAGUUUCAGCUAAAUAGCUAAGCAAGAAGCAGAGGCAGAUGUUAAGCUGUUGUAUGAAUGUCUAUAUAUUUUUUUUGUAUAUGUGUGGAAGUAUUGGUAAUAUGUCAGUUAGUAUAUUUCUACAAUACAGAAUUUGAUACUGACUGCAAAUAUAAAUGCAGGUAGUCUUGCUUUAUGAUUUUUAAUUCAGUAAAAGAUAAAUAAAUGAAUAAAUAUAUAAAUGCUCAAUGCUGAGAGUAUGGAUAUGUUAUGAGAUGUAAAUGAGAUGGAUGCUGUAAGGUUUAUCAAUAUUUCUUUUCUUUCCAAAGGCAACAAGCUACACUUUUGUGUAAUUUACAAACAAGGCAAUAGGAAUGAUGUAUGCUUCUCCUCUAUUUCACAUAGUGAAUAAAGCUUUCAACAUCAACAACUGCAAAAAGUGUUUGACAAUAUUCUACAGGAAAUAUAUUGCUCAUUUUACUGUGUAUAACCUAUGAGUAUCUGUUCGUUUUGAUGAGUAUGGACAUGAUGAACCUAAAUUUGACCUGUAGGACUGUAAUUUGCCAGUUAUCCAUAGAGUUUUGGGACUCUCCAAGCAGCAUAAUUUUGGCAAGGCUAGCACCAUUUACAAAUACUUUGACAAGUUGUCUUCUCAGUUGAUGUCGUCGGUUCAAAUGAAGAAGAGCAGUUCUGUUGCUCCAAUAUUCAGUUUUUGUUCAGAUUUUAUGGCUUGAUGAAAAUGAUGGUAAUGAAUCCCAGAAAAAAAAUGUGUACAUAUACAGGAAAAUCAUUGAGAAAAGAAUGUGUGUGCUUCUAUGUAUGAUUUCAGUAUACAGAAUGAAAAAAGUGGUUCUGAAACUGUUCUCUUUUAAUGAAGCUGUACUUUACUUUGAUUCUGCAUUUAUUUUUUCCUUUUCAAGCAGGAAUAAGAAGAGUUUAUUAAAGUGGCUGAACUGAUAGAUAGUGUAAUAUGUAAUUGAUGUUUUUAAGUACAGUGAUAAUGCAUGGUAUGUAAUUCACUGAAACUUGUAGUGCAUUAUUUUGUUUAUGAUGUUGAUAGUUACUGAAGAACAAUAUUGACUUGUGAUGUUCUUGUUUUCUUACUGCAAGAAGAUUUGAUUUUGAUUCAGAAAUUUUGUGUAUGUACGUCAACAGGAUAUUUUAUCUGCAAAAUAUUUUUACAUUUAAGAGAUACUUAAAAUGAUUUAUAAUUAUGUAUCUUCUGACAAACCAUGAUACCUCUACAGAAAGGAGACAGUAUUUCACAUAUGCAAAAAUAUGAAAUAGUACUCCCUUAUUCCUCCGGUGUGUAGUUUAUCACCAUUGGACUUAAUUUUGAGCACAUAUCACUAAUCUGUGUAAGAAAAAAAACAAAAAACAGAAGGAACUCGUGCACCCAAUAUGAAUACAUUUUCGCAGUUACACUUAUGUGGACAUAAAGUUUUGAUGCUUUUGCAGGCCAAAACAUUUUUUGUAUCUUCUGUAAAUGUGAGUUCUUUGUUUUGUUUUGCAGAUUCGUGUUCAUAUUAUUUUGCUUCAUUGUUUUUUUCCUACAUCUUGGCUACCCCUAAAGCAAGCUAAGAAAGACUGUGAUGCAUGUACGCAUAAAUAUAUAUAAUAGCAGGCAUGUGACUUGUUAAAGUCUUUGAAAUUAUAUAAUCAUAAACAAAAACACUGAUGGUUACCUGGCAUCUACAUUCACGUCUACGUUCACACACACACGCACACGCACACGCACAUGCACAUGCACAUGCACACACACAGGUGCACACGCACGCACACACACACACACACACACACACACACACACACACACACACACACACACACACACACACACACACACACACACACACACACACACACACACACACACACACAGUUAAAUUUUAAAUGAACCUUAAAAGAGAAAUUGCAUUUUAGUCCACAGUGGUAGAGUUGGUUUGGGGCCACAGGAAGUACCGCUUGGAAGAUGCAAGAAGUCAUGUUGUCUGUUUUUUCUUUGCCAAUUACUGACCAGUUUUUGUAGGUCUGUGUUGUAUGUUCUCUACUGUAUAUUUGGAUGUCAGUUUUUGCUUUGUUGAAAGAGGAAAAGGUAAAAAUAAGUUAUUGAAUAGGGAAAUCUGUGAAUUACUAGUAUUUGUACUUUUAUUUCAUUAUAUUGUAUUUCUUUAAAUGUUAAGGAAACAAACUUCAUAAAGAUAUAGGGAAGAUAAAUUGAUAUCAUAUAAUCUUUAUUGAGGAUUUUACUUUAAUAUUACUGUGAUUUUGUUAUACUGUGUUAUACAAAUUUUAUUAUUAACUGAUGUAUGUGGUAAAAAGUAAAGUAAAUUCUUCUUUGCUUGGUGUUUCAAAAGAUAUUUGUCAGUGAUUUUGAAUAUUGGUGAUAUACAUAAAAAGUUGAAUAGACUAGGAAUGGGUGAAUCAAAGUAAGGAUGUCUGUCUGUCGUCCUUCCUCUCUCUGAAUUUGUCUUUCAUUCCAUAUCAGUCAAAUAUAUUUCCAUCUGCUUCCUCUCCUUUUAAAAUGUACUUACCGUGAACCAGUAUAUCUGAAACAUGUACUUAACUCGUUGUAGGAUGUAUUGGUUUAAUUAGUUCCUAAUGUGAAAUGUGUUGAAAUUUGGCCAUGGUGGAUGAGAGGCAAUAAAUCUUUAUUUUUCACAAAUAUGUCUCGGUUUAUUUUGAGUACUAUAUAAAAAAGGGUUAGACAGAAACUAGAUAUUUCAACUUGUUUUAUUUGUUCAGAAAUUACCUGUGUCUGCUGUUUACUUACUGAAUGUUCGAUGAAUUUACUGUACCAUGUAUGUGUUAUUGUGGAUAAAGAAUUUCCUUUUUUUUCUCAAAUUGAAGGCAAACUGGAGAAUUUUUUUUAAGUACUAAGGGAUCAUGUGACAUUUAAAGAAUGUCAUUUACAGAAUUUUCUUUUGGCUUAUUUGUACAUUCUCAGAAAAAUGCCCAAUUAUGUUUAAAAGUACUACCCUAUAUAAUCUGUGGUCAACUUACAGUAUAUGACAAACCACCCUACUAAAUACUAUACUGUAGUGUAUAUUAUAUGGUGAAUAUAGAGUGUGAUGAGACUAAUUUUGGAGUUAGAAACCAUGUGUACAUCAGAUGCAUAAUGUUUUAUUAAAAAAAAAAAUAAAAAUCUGAAGAAAAAUCUUAAAACAUCAUUGUGUGUCAGGGCAAAAAAAAAAGAAAUCCAUUUGGGUUUAUACAGGAAGUUUUGCAUAUAUGGUGUGUAUCAACAUGAGGUAUUUACACAGGAAAGUAAAUAUCUACCAUAACCCUUUCCAUGAGACAUUAAGAGAGACCAUGGUUUGGAAUUAUUCACCUCAUGGUUCAAAUGUGUUAAAAUGCUUCCAACAGCCUGGUCUUGAAAUGUAGACAGUAGACGAUAUGUGACAGGGGUUUGUAAUAAAAAAUAAUCAUUCGCAGUUGCCUUUAAGUGAAGCAUCUACUGCCAAAUAUACUCAACCUUGAUAGAG